CUGAUCUAACCAUGGGGAAGGAGAGUCUGCCCAGCUGGGCUCACCAGGACUCUGACGAGGGUCUCGUCCACGUGAACGUCGGAGGUCUGAAGAGGAGCCUCUGUUCCAGCACGCUGAAGAAAUUCCCAGACACCAGACUGGGAAAGCUGCUGGCAUGUGACUCAGAGGAGGCCAUACUGCAGGUGUGUGACGACUAUGAUGUGCAGGAGAAGGAGUUUUACUUUGACAGGAAUCCCGGCCUGUUCCCUUACGUCAUCCACUUCUACCAAACUGGCAAACUUCACAUCAUGGAGGAGCUGUGCGUCUUCUCCUUCAGCCAGGAGAUCGAGUACUGGGGCAUCAAUGAGUUCUUCCUGGACAGUUGCUGUAGUUACCGUUACCACGACCGCAAGCUGGAGAGCAGCCGACAUCGCAGCUGGGACGAUGAGAGCGACGCCAGCAGCGUAGACACAUCUGUGGACGAGAUAUCCGACUUAAACAAAGACAUGCAGCACUUCCAGGAAGUGCGUUAUGGGAACAUCAGGAAGUGUUUGUGGUUGACGCUGGAGAACCCGGGAUACUCCAUCCCCAGCAAGCUCUUCAGUCUGCUCUCCAUCGCAGUGGUGCUCACAUCCAUCUCCACCAUGUGUAUCAACAGCAUGCCAGAGUAUCAGACUUUUGAUUCUGAUGGGAAGUUGAUUGAAGAGCCGACCAUGCAGGCGCUGGAGGUGUUCUGCUCCUGCUGGUUCACCUUCGAGGUGUUCAGGUUAAUGAGGAUCUUCAGAGUGUUAAAGUUGGCGCGACACUCGACAGGCCUGCGAUCACUGGGAGAUGUGGGCCUGGACACCAUCCCGGCCUGCUGGUGGUGGGGGACGGUGAGCAUGACCACAGUGGGUUAUGGGGACGUAGUGCCGGUCACGGUGGUCGGGAAGUUGGCGGCAAGCGGCUGCAUCCUGGGUGGCACCCUGGUGGUGGCGCUGCCCAUCACCAUCAUCUUCAACAAGUUCUCCCACUUCUACCGUCGCCAGAAAGCUCUGGAGGCGUCGGUGAGGAACAACAACCGCAAGAAGAUGAGGAUGAGCUGCGAGAAUGUGCCAGAAGAGGAUGAAGAGGACGAGGGGUCAGACGGGGACAGCUGCUGCCUGGACGAUGAUGAUAUUGAUGAUAUUGAAGAGGACAAUAUAGAUUAUGAGGAUGAAGGAGGUGUAAUAAACUAUAGUUAUGUGGAGCAUCCAUCUUACACGUCGAUAACGAGGAAGAAGGAGCCGCAUCAGCUGUGCUGAAGAGCUGCUGAAGGCAGGAGAUCAAAGCUGUUCAGAUUCACUUCCUGCCUCAUGCAUGACGUGUUCAUAUGGAAACGAUGACUGCAUUCAUAUUUAAUCUGGCUUUUAUUUAAAACAAGGCAACACAAGAGUGAUCUGUACGCUUCAAGUUUGACCUUUGAACUCAUCGAGCAUAAACAGGAGGACUAAAGUCCAGGAGGGCCGGGAUUUGAUCAGAUUUUGGGGAAUUUAAAGAAAUCAGGAGUUGGAGGGAUCGUGUUGUAAAUUGGUUUUAAUUAUUAGCUUUGGGUUUCCAUGACAAACCUACGUGAUGGACGGUAGUUUGCUAUUAUUCAUGCAUGUGGGCAGCUUUCAGGGUGGAAAUUUGUUCUUUCUAAUAAUGAAGUUUUUAUGUAGCUGUUUAAAAAAGAUAAAACACUCAAAACAAUAAAAUUACAUAAGGCGAGAUUAAACACGAAGGUCUGCUCAAGAACCGAAUCAAUUGAGCCUUAACUGAGCUGGACUGAAGAGAAAAAGCAUGCACGUGUAUGAAAUGAAACGAAUAAAAAGAUUAUGAAAGUCUGAAUUGUUAUUUUGUUCUUGAAGUAAAAUGU